AUGGCAGCAGCAGCAAUGGCUUUAUCAUCAGUCAGUGUUGUCACUUCUUCCCUGCUUCUCCGGCUAUAUCGAAAGCCAACAAUCUCGAGUUUAUCAUGUCCUGAAUUCCGCUUUCAUGAAGCACGCCUGACAAUGGGUGAUUGGCCGGUUGUUGUGCAUCGUGGCCUGGAUGAUUCAGGGGUGCGGCGAAGCACCUCCCGAUCAUCGGUCAGCUCGUUCAUAUCAGCUCUGAGCGCGAUGUUUGGCUCUCAGCAAAGUAUCGGCCGUGUUAAUCCAUCGGAGAGGUAUGAUGUUAAUUGA